AUGAAAAAUUCCUUAACUAAAUUUUAUACUUUAAACUCCUUUUCUUAAGAUAAAACUUAUACUUUUGUUAAAUAGAGAAAGGAGUAAUUAUAAGAAGAAAUUGUUAAAAUCAAUGAAGAAACACAAUUUGAAGUAAUGAUAUAUAUGAAUUAAUAAGGAAUUUGCUGAAUUUAAGUUAUUAAAUUAAGAUGAAACCAUUAUCUCUAUUAAAUAUACUGUUGAUUAAUUUUAUGAUCCUUUUUAAUAAUAGGAAAUAAAAGUAGAACAUUAUGUUCAAGAAUUGAUUUACAAUAUAAGAAGAAAAUAUCCUUGGAUAACUGUAUUGGAAAAACGAAUAUCUUAAUCUGCUGAAUUAUUAUGCUAAAUUUAACUUUACAAUUAAAAACAUAAGAUUGUAUUAUUUAAUAAACCAUUUACAAAUACUUAACAUAUUUUAGAAUUGUUGAAACUCUAUAUAGAGAGAGGGACAAUUAACAUAAAAUUUAUAUGUCAUAAUUAAGAUGUAAUUGCAUUGGGUAGUUAAUUGAAUAAUUUAUUUGAAGAUGCUUUUAUUACAAUCUCUUAGAAAGAUAAAUUGUAAAUAAAUGAUAAAUCACAUAUACCUGCUAAAUUGAUUACUAUAAAUAAAAAGAUUACAUCAAAUUAUAUAAAUUUUAAAGAUCUACCUUUAAAUAAUGAUUUUAUUGUUGAUGUUUAAGGAAAACAUUUUAAAUAUGUACAUUAAGAUGUAAAUUUCAAUGAAAAUGUCAUAGAAUUGGAAAGAAAUGAUAUUAUAUAGGCUAAAUAUAAAUUGAUUCAUCAAGGUAAAUUGAUAGAGGCAGAUAAAUUCUUAGUAAAUGGUAUGACUAUAAAUUAUAAUGGUGAAUAUAGAUUUUGGACAAAACCAUAAAUGGAAUAUAUAGUAAGUAUUGAGAAAUAAGAUUUCUAUCCUAAAUAACACAUAUUAAUAACAAAAGGAUUUGGAGAAUAUAAAUAAGAAAUUGAAAUGAUUAAAAUAUAAAAAACUAUUUUGAAAAUAACUAGUAAGAAUAUUAUAGAUUAAUCAAUUCUUGAUAAUGUUGAUAUUAGUAUUGAUGGCAAGAUAAUUGGAUAAACUAAUAAAAAUGGUACAAUAGUAAUUUAAAAUCUUGAAUUAAGGAGUAUAGUAAUAAAAGCAGCAAAGAAGGGAUUUCUAACUAUGCCAUUAUAAUUUGAUAUAUCUGCAAAUAAUAUAGGUUAAAGUCUAUUAAUUGAAAUGUUUCCAGAUUAUUUUAGUUUAAUGAAUUAAUUCCACAUUUUAGUAGUUAAACCAAAGAGUGCUAAGAAAUUAUCACUUUAAUUAGUUGAUUUAGAUGAGUAAAAUAAAAGUAAUAUCCAAUAAAAGAUAGUACCAUAUAGUAAUGGAACUAUUGUAAAUUAUGGAAUACAUAUUAGUAAUUUUGAUGCAUUUGAUAAACAAAAAAAUAUUUAUCAAUUAUUCAUUAAAGAUUCAAAAGAAGUAUUACCAAGAUGUAGAUAAAAUAGUACAAAUAUAAAUAAAAAAUCUUAACAUAUUAAUGUAUCUCCAAAUAAUUAAAUGAAAACAAGAAUUAUAAAUUAAAAUUCAGAUUUAAAAACAGAGAGAGGUUUGAAUUAAAAUAAGAAAGUUACUCCGAAUUUAGAAGUUGAACAUUUGCAUAUUUAUUUAUCUUUUGGAAUGGAUAUAGUAUGUUAGCAAAUAUUUGAAAUUGAAAAAUUCACCUCAAAAGUUUAUGCUACUAUUAAUUGUAAGAUAGAUUUAAUUAUAUUAUUAGUGUAAAGAAGAAUUGUUGAAUUAGAUGGCAAAGCUUAUAGUUGCAGAUAAUAAAAGUCUCAAUCAAAAACUAAUAAAAGACGUGACACUGGUAAUAUUCUAUAACUAUUAACAAAUCAAAUAUGA